UUUUCACCAACUGGUCAUAUUUUUUUAGCUGUGAAAUUUUGUCAACAUGGGCGAUCCGGCAGUCUACGAUCCAUUGGAAUUAUUGACAAAUAAAGGCACCCGUCAACCUACAUUCUUGUCGCCAAUAUGGAAUCCAAUGGCCGGCGCUCUAGCCGGCUUCGGCGCUGCGCUAUUCACCAACUGGGGCUUCCGUAAGCCUGUUUUAUCUGGUAUUCAAAAACAUAUUUUGUUUACACUCAUCGGCGGCGGAGUUGGCUACUACCUGGAUAACAAGCGCAACGAGUAUCUGGCCAAGCGUGAUGCCGUGCUCCGGCAUUACGUUGAACUGCAUCCUGAGGACUUCCCUAAGACAGCUCGUAAGAAGUACGCCGACGUUUUGGAAAGUUGGGUGCCUGUUCGCUAAGAACUCGAAUGUUGCUUAAAGAUCUACGGAGCAAGCCCUGCUUCGAAACAACAUUUUAUAGUUAAUUAAAAGGCUUUAAUUGUAAUACAUAUGAAUAAACAACUGUAAUGAA